GAACCACCACCGAUUACGCCGAUUUCUUCCGGAACCAUUUCAGCUCUAUCAAAGAUCUGAUCCCCGGCUCGCAAUCUGAUCUGCUCACCAACGUCAAUCGUGUCAAAGAUCUCCUGACCGCCGUCAAUUCCCAAAAGGGCGUUGGCCGUGAGGACGAGGGUCGCUUCAACCAGAACAAGAGCGCC